CACCGCAUCGAAAACACUUCUCGCUCGGUUAAGAUACAGAUACAGAUCCAAGGCAGAUCCUUUGAAACACAAAAGUCUGAAUAUAAUAAAUCGGAGUGUUGUAGUACGUGGAAGUGUCUAAAAGUGAAAACAAUUUCGGCAAACAAACUGUGUAAAAAGAGAAGUGCCUAAUGCAUAAUAUUGUGUAUCCGGUAAAAUAAAAAUACUGCCAUCAGUAUUCUAAUCACAAGUAGCUUAAAAUAUUAAAAGACACCAAUCUUUUUCAAUUCGGUUGAAAAAAUAAUUUAUAAUGAAUUACCUAAGUGUGCUGGCGAUAAUCGCCAUCUUCAUUAAGAAGACGACAUACGCAUCUCCCAGUUUUCCGUUCGGCAUAAAUAACAAUUAUCUUGGCGUGAGGAAUUUGACCUUGCCCAGGACCACAUCACACCCACACUCGUAUCGCCCCCUCCUGCCUGCAAGAGAAUUCUACAAGGAGCGCAGCGACAACAAGGAGGAUGACGACGAUCGCGAGUUUUUUCACAAGCGAGUGGCACGUGGUCAUCCGGCUAGCUUCAAUGCCCCCAGGUUGCUGGGUGAAGACAAUCACCUCUAUUUCACAGACGCCGACGACAGGAACGAUGACUAUCAAUCGGAUCAGCCGGGCAUUCUGAUGGACAUUAAGGGGAAGCAACUGGGAGCCCAAAAAGACGUCGACGAACAUAGGGAAAGGCCGUUCAAUAGAACUUACAAUGCGCAACUCCUCCGCUUGGCCGCAGAGCACCUGAGGUUGAUGGCCGCCGAGGGCGCCUGCCAGGUGCCAAAGCCGGAGGUGGUCCACAUCUCGAGGGAGACCAACACGGUCUACUCCCCUCGAGCCACGAUCCUGCACCGGUGCAGGGACACGUACGGGUGCUGCGCUGCGGGGUCCACCUGCCAGGCAAAGUCCAACGAGACCGUGGAGCGGGUAUUCAUCAAGCAGAUCGGCCGGUUCUCCUGGCCCGAAAUCAAGUACAUGGAGAACCACACGGAGUGCGAGUGCGUGAAGGUGGAGAUGCGCCGCAAGCGGAGCCCCAUCUGCCAAUGCCCGAAGCACUUCAUCGACUUCAGCCGGCCAGGAACCUAUCCGGAGGCGGAGGAGGAUGAGGAUGAGGACGACCAGGUGAUGGGUCUUUUGGAGCGAAAGGAGCGAAAGGGGCACCGCUGCCGAUGCGACUGCCACCUCAGCGAUGACACGUGCAAGAGGCUGAAGAAUGGCGUGGAGGGAUUCUCGGUGAUGGAACGGCGUCUCAUUCUAGGUGGAGCCAUCAGUGCGCCAUUUUGCAAUUACGGUCCCUAUGAUGUGAAAAAAGGCCGUUGUCCGGGACUUCCAAAUCGGAACCUAAAUCUGCAACAUUUCCAGACGAGGCGCCAGCAUGGCAAGAGUUAAACCAAAAUCCCCAUUGAAAUCAAUCAAUCCAGAACUGUGCAUAAACUAAAAACUAAUUAUACAACACUACUAUUUAAUGAUACACAUGAGCCAUUGAACGAAACGAAUCUAGAACUGAUCCUUUGGAUUCACUAAAUGCAUUUUAUGGGAAAUUCCAUAUGCUUAGUCGUAGUAAUAUGAUCUAAAUUAUCAAAUGCCUUUUCCUAAUGUUAAAGGCCAGCUUGGGCUUUCGAUACUUUAUAAACAAUUACAAAUGAUUUUUGCAGAGGUACUCCUAAAAUGUACUUUUAUAGUAACUAAUGCUGAAAGUAAGAUGCCAGUGAAAACAGUAAGAAACAAAAAUACAUAAAAUAGAGACCCAAGUUCCGAUCAGAAGAAGUAUUGUCAAACAACAUUCGAGUGUACUUAAGUAAACGUCGAUUAAGUUCAUCUAAGCUACUUAUGUAAUAUAUUUGUAUACAAUUAAACGAUACUUCUAGUCACA